AUGACAGCUACACAAUUCACUAAUCACUCCAUAAAUGUGGAUAUUCACAAUGAUGAAAGAUACAUUACUUCAACAAAAUUGAAAUUGAGAUAUUCAUCAGAACCCGCGUUAGACAGUAGCUGCGUUACAAAGGCCGAAAGCCUUUGGUGCAUGGAAAGACUAGAUUCCUUGCUUUGUCGAUUGGAAAAGGUAACAGUUCUUCUUGAAGCAGCGGCUAACAACAAGGCUGAUAUGUAUCGGACUUCACCAAUUAAAAUGUCUCCAGAAAGUGGGACUUCUCCAUCAGUCAGGGAAUUUCAUGAGAUCAUCACUGGUCCGUUAUCGGAAUAUUUGCUCAGUAGCUCUAAAAUAGGCGAUGUUGUCAAAACUCAUGCGUCUAUGAUACAGCAGUGUUUUGUACUACAAGAAGAAAUAUUGAAAUUGGCCGCCGAAUGUUCUGCACCUAGUGACUCUGACUUCGGACUUAUUAUCAGUCCUUUGGCAAAAGAAAUAGAAGCAGUUGUUACAUUUAGGGAUAAAAAUCGAAGCAGCAAUUAUUUCAACCACCUUUCAGCUGUGGCUGAAUCUGUAGCAGCUUUGGGUUGGCUGAGUGUUAAACCUGCACCAUCACCCUACGUCAAAACUAUGCAAGAAGCCGGUGAAUUUUUUACAAAUCGUGUAAUUAAAGAAUAUAAAGAAAAGGAUACAAUUCACCUUACUUGGACAAAAAAUCUCAUGUCACUUUGGACGGCAUUACAAGCCUAUGUAAAGAAACAUCACGUUACCGGUCUGGUUUGGAAUGCUCGUGGUAAACCAGCUACAGCCUCAAAACUAUCUAAGUCAUCUCCAACUCGUGAAGUUAAUUCUCAUACUGCUGCUGCUGCCCCUCCACCGCCUCCACCACCUGUCCUUACAGCUUCUGAUUUAGCUGCAAUGUCCAUACAAGGAGGUGAUAAUUCAGCACAAGCUGCUCUAUUCGCUGAAUUAAAUCGUGGUGAGUCAGUGACAUCUCAUCUACGCAAGGUUACCGAUGAUAUGAAAACGCAUAAAAAUCCAAAGCUACGUGAAACACCAAUUACGCAUACGUCACCAGCACCAAGAAAUCAUAUGAAUUCAUCACCAGCAUCAGGAGUGAAGAAUGAAUUAUCUGCAGCUGGUUGUUUAGAAUUAAGGGGUAAUAAAUGGGUUGUUGAAAACUUUAAAGGUGCAAAAAAUCUACAAAUUGUUGCAACUGAAGCAAAACAAACUGUCUGCAUUUAUAAAUGUAAUGAAUGUACUAUUCAAAUUAAAGGAAAAAUUAAUUCAAUCAUGUUAGAUAGUUCUAAGAAAACUGGUGUAGUAUUUGAUCAUUUAAUAUCAUCCAUCGAUGUGGUGAAUUGUCAGAGUGUUCAGAUCCAAUGUCUUGGUCAACUGGCAACUGUGAAUAUUGACAAAACUGAUGGAUGUCAAGUGUAUUUGAGUGCAGAUUCUAAAUUUGCUGAUAUAAUCACUGCAAAAUCUUCAGAGAUUAAUAUACUUGUACCAAAAGGAAAUGAUGAUUAUGAGGAGUAUCCAGUCCCAGAACAAUUUAAAACUAAUUUCACCGGGAACGGAUUGAAGACAGUAUGCACAGACGGACGAUAAUAAUAAAUUUGGCUUGGAUAGGAUCCCUUCAACCACCACCGGUUGAUGAUGAUUGAUUGUUCACGAAAUGCCUAAUACACUUCUCUUUUUUUUCUAACCAGCCGUUUACACCUCGCUUCUUCUAUUAGUACAGUUGUGUUUUGUUUUUUUUUUUUGUUUUUACCUAUUCGCAUACAUGCUAUGGAAUACUGCUUUCAUAUAUCCAUAUAGUAAUAAUAUUAAUAAUAAUGAUCUCUGUUCACAUUUGAAUGUAUCCAGGUUGUUUUAUCCCAGCAUCAAGUUUAAUAUCUGACACUUUUGUUCUAUAUCUCCUUUAUAAUUGGCUUUAUACUGCUUAAUAAAGAUAAAACAAAAGUUCAAUGAUUUUUCUGUUAAUAUAUGUGU